CGACCUAUCCUUACCAUCCUUCUUCAUUUCUCGCCUUUUUCGUUUCGUCGAAUCUUGUAAUACUCUUCAGAUUUUUCAGCAUCAUCUCCUUCUUUUAGGAUCAAAGCAUAGCCAGGCUCUCAAGUCGAGUAUCCGACUUUUAACGUUAUAUCUUACGACGCGACACGACCAUUCACAACGAUAGACCGUGUUUACCCAGCAACACAGUGGCAUGGAUGCACACCAGGAUCCAGAGGAGUUCUAUGUUAAGCAGGACAGGAUAGGGAAAGGAUCCUUCGGAGAGGUCUACAAAGGCUACGACAAACGGACCCAGAAGACAGUGGCAAUCAAAAUAAUUGAUCUCGAGAGUGCAGAGGACGAGAUUGAAGACAUACAGCAGGAGAUCCAAAUACUCUCCCAGCUCGACUCGCCGCAUGUCACAAAAUACCACGGAUCUUAUCUGAAAGGAUCGAAUCUAUGGAUUGUCAUGGAGUACUGUUCUGGAGGAUCGUGUUCUGACUUGAUGAAACCGGGCGUGUUCCGAGAAGAAUAUAUCGCCAUCAUUGUGCGCGAACUUCUCCGUGGGUUGGAAUAUCUUCAUAGCGAGGGUAAACUCCAUCGUGACAUUAAAGCUGCCAACAUCCUUCUCUCUGCGGGAGGCGAAGUCAAACUUGCUGAUUUUGGGGUCUCCGGUCAGCUGUCAGGAACACUUUCCGCGAAGAAAAACACUUUCGUAGGCACGCCAUAUUGGAUGUCGCCAGAAGUCAUCAAGCAGAGCGGAUAUGACCACAAAGCAGACAUCUGGAGUCUUGGUAUCACCGCAAUUGAAUUGGCUAAAGGAGAACCACCCUAUGCAGAAUUGCAUCCGAUGAAGGUCCUUUUCUUAAUUCCAAAAAACCCACCUCCGACAUUGGAAGGCAAUUUCUCCAAGCCUUUUAGGGAAUUCGUUUCCUUUUGUCUCCAGCGUGACCCUCAACAUCGGCCCUCUGCUCGUGAUCUUUUGAAGCACAAGUUCGUUCGAAUGGCCAAGAAAACUAGCUAUUUGACAGAACUUAUUGAGCGUCACGAACGAUGGAGAGCCGAUGGAGGUGGCCGCACGGAUGACGAAGAACAGGAUAUGGUUCCUGAUUUGCCAACAAGCGGCGACCCCGAGGAUCUGUGGGACUUCGGCACCGUUCGGCAUGCAAGUGGACGCCCUGCCACCAUAGGACGAGCAAAUCCCAUACCCAAUGCAGGCCCGCCCUUGACCUGGGAGAAUGACGGCUCUGUGCGUUCCGAUACUGAAUCCUCUUUCAGCCGUAGGUCUGGGUCAUCCGACUCGUCUAACCACACAUCUUCCACGCUCACCGUAACCGCCGCUGCCACAAAGCCACUUCCUAAUACUCCUCAUUCGCAGCGAAAGUAUGACCGGCAAGCUACUGUGCGUCACGCACCUCCGCCUUCACCGGAGAAUGGUUCUAGGUUGACUCACCGCCCUGUUCAACGCGAGCCUUCGGACGAAUAUGACAACGAUCAAGAUAGUCAAUAUGCAUCUUAUGCCAGUAGCGAACCUGAUGUGAUAGAGGAAAAGCUGGCGGAGGCUCAGUUGGAAGAUGAGGUGCCGGACACGACGAUGUUGGAUUCCGUUAUCUUACCGGCUAUAGCUUCGCUGUUCCCCCGAGUAACCUCCCAAGAGGCUCGAGUCGCUUUGAGCGCCCUCCAACGAGCAUUCACCCAUGCAGAGAGAGUCAUACCUGGGAUGACAAUGGAGCUCGUCAAUGAGAUUGUUGAUUCUGUUGAGCAUGUUGAUGAUGACCGAUAAUCUAAUCGUAGUACAGGUCUUUCUUUCCUCUUGCUGGCACCCUCUUUUUUCAUACCUACAUCAAUUUUCAGACCUGUAGCUAGCUUGAGAUAUAUAAUUCAAUCUGUAGCUUGUUAUUAGGAAGGACCAAGUAUGUACAAACCAAAUAUAUACGACCAGAACUCGUUGCCGCUGAGUUCAGAGACGUCACUACUAAUAAUCGAAGCAAUAAACAUUAUAG